GUUGGCUCUGUGAUCAGCCUGCUACCACUACUUCAGCAAAGGAGACAGACAUGAGCGGCGCGGUGAGCAACGGCGUGGUCGCCAACGGCUGCGACACGUGCAAGGCGAGCAAAGCCCGGACCCAGCUGCAGAACGGACACGGCAAGCACGACGCCAUCAACGGCGGGCCCUACAACACGGACGAGAGGGAGAGCUACACCUAUGAAUCCGUUAUGGAGAUAGCGCAGUUCCUGCUCAACAGAACGACAAUCCGGCCGAAGAUUGGCAUCAUCUGCGGUUCGGGACUUGGUGAACUGGCAAACACACUUACAAAGAGGCAGGCAUUUCCUUAUUCGGACAUCCCCGGCUUCCCCCACUCAACAGUUGCCGGCCAUGCUGGCCAACUUGUAUUUGGAUUUCUUGAAGGUGUCGAAGUCAUGUGCAUGCAGGGGCGUUUCCAUGCCUAUGAGGGAUACCCAAUUUGGAAGUGUGCCAUGCCUGUGAGGGUCAUGAAGCUGAUAGGGGUGACCCACCUGAUUGCCACCAAUGCUGCUGGAGGCAUCAAUGAUGACCUGAAUGUUGGUGACAUCAUGCUAAUCAAGGACCACAUCAGUCUGAUGGGAUUUGCUGGGAAUGGCCCUCUUAUUGGUCCAAAUGAUGAAAGGUUUGGACCACGCUUUGUGUCAAUGAACAAAGCAUAUAAUGUAAAUCUCCGCAAGAAAGCCCAUGAAGUGGCUAAGCAGAUGGGUAUUUCAGAUGUUGUCAAGGAAGGCAUUUACUGCUGCAUAGGUGGACCAAACUAUGAAACUGUUGCAGAAAACAGAUGCCUCAAAUUGAUGGGAGUGGAUGCUAUUGGAAUGAGCACAGUCCACGAAGUUAUUGUGGCACGCCACUGCGGGAUGGAGGUGUUUGCCCUCAGCCUCAUCACCAACAAGUGUGCCCUCAACUACGAUGGUGACCAGGAGGUGUGCCACGAGGAGGUCAUCGAGGUCGGCAGGGUGAGGGCCAAGGUCCUGCAGCAGCUCGUCUCAAACCUGGUCCCACUCAUGAUGGCAGCGACAGCUUCAAAAUGAAGCUGUGAAUCUAAACUGGGAAAAUGCUUUACUCCGCAGAGUGCUGCUGUUGUAAAUGGUGCCUUAUAGUAUGGCACUUACUGAUAGGGAAGGAGGACUAGCUUUUCAGUGUCUGGGAGUUUUGUCCAAUACAUAUUAUAUCAUGAUCCACAGGGAAUAUAUAGUGAUAAAGUGUGUGAAACGAGGCUGUUCACCAGAAGGAUAAACAUAGCAUGUGAGCUGUACAAAAUCUGAAAUUUCUUAUGAGUAAUGGUUUCGUUUUGUGAACAUAUGGAAACUCAGGGUGCAAGACAUGUUUUACAUAUUUGUUUUUUAUGAGUAGACUGUAAGUUGUUAGUGCCUGCUAGAUCAGGAUUCAGUUCCUGCUGUGCACCAUUGAUGUGGUUUUCCAGCUUUAAUGUAAAUAUGUCUUCCCCUUAUUUUGAAUUGGAUGCUAAAUUUCUAAUGCUGCUUUUACAAUGUUAUCACGUGUGCUUUAAAGGAUGUGAAAAAUUAUUACAGUUUUAUGCAUGAGACCAAUAUUGUAAAGAUAUGUAAUGUUUCAUUUAAUUGGAUUCAGUACUCUUUCUCAGACAACUGCCCAGCAGAAAGAGAUAAAAUGCUUGUAACUGUUUCAGCAAUUGAUAUUCUUCUUUUUAUACACUUCAGACUUGUGUCCACACAUAUGCUACAGAAGACAAAACAUGGCUUGUUUUAUUUGGUCUGCUGUAUUUUAUGUUGUAGUAAAGUUUCUUAACAUGUUCUGUAGUAGGUCAGAAGAUUUGAAAAUACAUUAAAAAUUAUCAACUCUUUGAAAUUUAGAUUACCUCUGUGGCAUGAGAAACUCUUACUACACAUUUUUGGGGAUAAAAUUAAAAUGUACCUGAGUCAAUAUGACUUUUUACAUCAUUCCUUUGUUCUCUUCUUCUUAGCAGUAUCAAUAAUUUGUACAUGUAUUAAAGUAAUCUUAUCUUUGUUUUCCUUCACAAAUUUGUAUAAGACUGAAUGAUCUGGUUUGCAGCUAUAAAUAUGCAGAAAGAAGGAAAAGUAACUUGUAUUUAUUUCAUAAUAUUGUACAGUACUAUGUUAUAGAAAAAUUUUGGAUAGUGGCAACGGCAGCAGUAUCAGUCUUCCUGAAGAAUUUGCAGCCAUUCUUGAAACUGCAUUGACACAGUGGCAUUUCAGAUAAUUUGGUGAGCAAAAGGCAGACAACACAACUGCAAUUUGACUUGUGUUCACUGUUAAUAAAGUGGACUGAUAUCACUGGCUGUUUAAUCUCCAGAAAAUGAACGAGACCACCAGCAGUCUUGUAUGUGUCACAAUCAGUGUUUGCUGUUUUAUAAUGGACAGUGUUACUGUUUUCAAGAAUUGAAAGGCUAUUGUAAGCAUUGCUAAAAAUACUAGAAACAGAGACAGUGAGUUUUAAAAAUUCAGAACUGUAUAUUUUUCGAUAGGUUAAGAUAUUUAUGCUGUGUAUCUAAGGCGACAUUUUAAAUGUUUCUUUUAUACAAUGUGUUAUUUAAGACUAGGUAGAAAACUAUACUGUUAUUUCAUUAUAUGAAGAUAAUGUACUAUAUUUGAAAUGUUGAAACAUUAGUGAUAGAGUACAAAUUAUACUAAAAAUUACAAUGUGCAUUAAAAUUGUUCAGUAUUUCAAAUACAGAAAAGUGUUAUCAUCUUUGUCCAAUUUUUAUAACAUCACACAUUUCCAG